CUCCGCUUGCUGCUGAUGUUGUAUUGUUGUUAAGAUGGCGGAGUCCGGGGAAGCGGGGAAGACGGCCCCGGUCUGUACUUUCCUCUUUAAAAAAUCUAGCAGGAAAUUUAAAGGAAGGAAGCGGAGGGCGAGCGCUAGUGACAAAGACAGCAGUGGAGAUGAUGAUGGGAACACUGCAGUACGGAGAGAAAAGAGAACGACUGUGUCGAACCCCAUGAUACAGAAGACUGCAAGAUUGACAGGAGUGAAAGAGCAGUACAGCGACAGUGACAGUGAUGGAGCUGAGAAAAUCACUGUGUCGUACAAAUCCACCCGAUCAGCGAAACCUGUCGGCCCAGAGGACAUGGGAGCAACAGCUGUAUAUCAACUGGACACUGAGAAAGAUAAAGACAUGCAAGCCAUCUUUGAACGAAGCCAGAAGAUCCAAGAAGAACUGAAGGGGAAGGACGAUGAGAAAAUCUACCGAGGUAUCAAUAAUUACAUCAAGUAUGUCACACCCAAGGACACAUCCAUGGCAAACGCAGCUUCGGGAAUGGUGAGAAAAGGACCUAUCCGUGCUCCUGAACAUCUUCGAGCAACAGUGCGCUGGGACUAUCAACCUGACAUCUGUAAAGAUUACAAAGAGACCGGCUUCUGUGGGUUUGGAGGCAACUGUAAGUUUCUACAUGACCGAUCAGACUACAAACAUGGCUGGCAGAUAGAACGGGAGCUGGAUGAAGGCCGAUAUGGUGUAAAUGAUGAUGAGAACUACGAAGUAAGCAGUGAUGAUGAUGAUCUUCCCUUUAAGUGUUUCAUUUGCAGAAAUUCCUUUACCAAUCCUGUAAUCACCAAAUGUAAACACUAUUUCUGUGAAAGCUGCGCUCUGCAGCAUUACCGCAAAUCCAAACGUUGUUAUGUGUGUAAUGAGCAGACCAAUGGAGUCUUCAACCCAGCCAAAGAACUCAUGGCAAAACUGGCAAAGCAUAAAGCUGAGCACCUAUCAGACCAUUCCAAUUCUGCAGAUGAAGUGGAGCGAACAGAAUAAUUCUUCCCCCACCCGAUCUGCGAAGAAUAUGUAUCAAGCUUCAAUUUACAUU